CGUGGGGUUACAGGUACGAAUCCUGCAGACAUUGUGCCGGCGGGCGGUAAAUUCCUAUCUGUUCCACAUCACUACUUGGACGAAGAUGUGAAGAAGAUAGUUAAAGCAAUCACAGACGGUAAGCCCUGGACAACUAAGAAGCCUACCACAACGAAACCGACCACGAGGAGAACCACAACGCCAAAGCCGCUUGACCUAAAAUGCCUCAUGGUUGGUGAUUUGUACAAUUUUGGAUCGGAUGAAGAGAGAUACUUGGAUGAAGCCGAAUUCUUGUCGCAACUUAGUUACGACUUCUUUGAAAGCACUACCGUAAAGCCAAUGGCCGGAUUGUGGGCAUAUGGUCACACGACAUUCCCAGAAUCACCCGAUCUCAGCAGCAUCACCGCUAAUCGAAGUGUUUUCGAAAAACAACUCCGUGGAAUGCUUUAUCGUAGAAAAUCCAAUGCUUCCACAACAGCAUACGCGAUCGAAGUCAUCAACAAGAUGCUCGAAGAUAGUCGUAUGAAUUGUUUAGUCUUUCUCGCAGCAAGCAAUGAUACUCGGACCGAAUUCAACCUGAUAAACGAAAAGACACGACUCGUAGCAGUCGGACUUGAUGGUUAGUA